UAGUAAAGAUUCUUCAUAAAACUGGUGGUACUGACGUUUAUCUUAAUGGCUUGAGGCUGUCAAGUCCGUCUGAGACAACGGCCAUUGAUGGCUCUAAAAUCACACUCAAUAGUCUCACCGACACUGUCAUGGUUCACUUGGCCAGCUCCAAUGUUUUGAUAACUGCAGACGGCGACUACCAAGUUGUAGUAAGUGUACCACCAUCAUUCAAAGGUCACGUGUGUGGUCUGUGCGGCAAUUUCAACGGAAACAUUUCUGACGAUCUCGCUUUGGCUAAUGGAACCGUUCUCAGCGCAAGUAAUAUAAACGGUUCCGACUCUGCGUUAUCUGUGUCUGGUUACCACGUCUUUGGCAGAAGCUGGGCGGUUCCUGCUGUCCAAAGACUUAUUCUUAACCCAGAAGACGAUUGUCUAGACGAACUAAUAGUCCCCUGGUGUGAUAGAAGGCCGGAGAACAAGAAAAAGGUGGAAGAAUUUUGCGAUGUCAUAAGGGACACUUCCGGCCCCUUCGUUCGCUGUCACGGUGCCAUCGAUCCCGAGAAUCCUUACGGUCACUGUGUGUUGGAUAUCUGCGCAAGGAACGGUUCUUUGCGAUAUGGUUGUGCUGCGAUCAAAUCCUAUGAAGGAGUCUGCCAAAGGAGACUUAGAAGGCAGUUCGUACCUUCAGUAGCUGAUUGCGCAAAUGAUCCAUGCGGUGACUUAACGCCUUGUUUUCCAAAUGUCGUCUGCACCAACAACGACACGUCGUUUCCGCCGUACCAUUGCGGCGACUGCCCAUCUGGGUAUGUGGGCAACGGGUUGGUAUGCAAUGAUAUCAACGAGUGUGCACUUGCCACUCCUUGUGCUCCGGAAGUUACUUGCAUAAACAAUGUGGGAAAUUUCGUUUGUCCUGUUUGCCCGAUUGGCUACGUUGGUGGCAACAAGACAGGAAGAGGGUUGGACGACGCUAACACCGAUAGACAAGUAUGUACAGAUGUAGAUGAAUGUCAGAUAAACAACGGUGGCUGUGAUACUCUCACGAGCUGUACAAACACGAUAGGUUCUUUUCAAUGUGGGCCUUGCCCGCUCGGGUACUUAGGAACAGGAUUAACUGGUUGCAGACGACGACCGUGUAGUAUUCUAGCAACUCCUGUUGACGGUUCGAAGGUAUGCAAUGGGCAUGUUUUUGAAGACGUCGUUUGGUUCUCGUGCAACUCGGGAUUUGAGUUGUUCGGAUCUGACGUACGUCAGUGUCAGGCCGACGGUACGUGGAACGGUUCUCUGACAAAUUGUUCUGAUAUUGAUGAGUGCGUGAUGGGUACGGACAACUGCGAUUUGAAUGCUGAGUGCAACAACACUCAUGGAUCAUUUAUUUGUACCUGCAACGUAUGUUAUAGCGGCAGCGGAACGAUAUGCACACGAAAGAGAUGCAGUGUUCUGGCGCCUCCACAGCAAGGAAUUGUUUCCAGUAGUGACAAUCUCUGCGGGCAAAAUGUCACGUUUUCAUGCAACGCAGGAUAUCGCUUGUUGGGAUCGAACUCCCGAGUCUGUGGUGAGGACUCGCAGUGGUCUGCAACCCAACCAAUUUGCGAAGAUAUUGAUGAGUGCGCUGAACAGUCCCACAAUUGUGCUCAAGUAGGUGGAAAAUGUAACAACACGGCCGGCAGUUUUACUUGUUCUUGUAUCGAUUGCUAUGCUGGUGAUGGCACAACGUGCACUCUCAUCGACUGCGGAGGUUUGGCAACGCCGUCUCAAGGAACUAAGAGCAGCAGCCAGACAACAUGCCGUACAACCGUUGCGUUCAGUUGCAACAGUGGAUUUCGUUUAAACGGAUCGAGUUCGAGAACAUGCCAAAAUAAUGGUAGAUGGAGUGGAAACUCCAGUAGUUGCAUAGAUAUCAAUGAGUGCACUGAAGGCUCUCACAAUUGUGCUCCAAUUGGGGGAAUGUGUGCUAACACCGUUGGCAGUUUCACUUGUACAUGUAUCAAUUGCUAUGCGGGUGACGGCACGGCGUGCACUCUGGUUGAUUGUGGAGGUCUAGCAACGCCAUCAAACGGUGUUAAGAACAGCAUUCACACAACCUGUGGUACAACUGUUGCAUUCAGUUGCAACACUGGAUUUGAUUUGCGGGGGUCAAACUCUAGAAAUUGUCAACAUAAUGGUCUCUGGAGUGGAAAUCAACCAACCUGUCGAGAUAUCGACGAGUGCAGUAUUGGAUCACAUAAGUGUCAUACGAAUGCUAAUUGUACUAAUACUAUUGGAAACUAUUCAUGCUCAUGCCAUAAUUGCUACACGGGCAACGGAUUUUCUUGCAAUCUGAUUAACUGCAGUAGAUUGUCAGCACCGGCUGAAGGAAGUGCAUCCGGAUCGCAGACAUCUUGUGGAAGCACGGUCACAUUCUCGUGUUCAAGCGGUUACACUCUUUCUGGUUCUACCAGCAGGACAUGUCAAACUAAUGGUGCUUGGAACGGUUCAACUGCAUUAUGCCACCGACGACCGUGUAAUAUUUUAACAACUCUAGUUGACGGUUCGAAGGUAGGCAAUGGGCAUGUUUUUGAAGAUGUCGUUAGGUUCUCGUGCAACUCGGGAUUUGAGUUGUUCGGAUCUGACGUACGUCAGUGCCAGGCCGAUGGUACUUGGAACGGUUCUCUGACGAAUUGUUCUGGAAAGAGGUGCAGUGUUCUGACGCCUCCACAGCAAGGACACGUUUCCAGUAGUGACAAUCUUUGCGGGCAGAAUGUCACGUUUUUAUGCAACGUAGGAUAUCGCUUGUUGGGAUCGAACAUCCGAGCCUGUGGUGAAGACUCGCGGUGGUCUGCAACCCAACCGAUUUGCGAAGAUAUUGAUGAGUGCGCUGAACAGUCCCACAAUUGUGCUCAAGUCGGUGGAAACUGUAGCAACACGCCCGGCAGUUUUACUUGUUCUUGUAUCGAUUGCUAUGCUGGUGAUGGCACAACUUGCACUUUCAUCGAUUGCGGAGAUUUGGCAACGCCGUCUCAAGGAACUAAGAGCAGCAGUCAGACAGCAUGCCGUACAACCGUUGCGCUCAGUUGCAACAAUGGAUUUCGUUUAAACGGAUCGAGUUCGAGAACAUGCCAAAAUAAUGGUAGAUGGAGUGGAAACUCCAGUAGUUGCUUAGAUAUCAAUGAGUGCACUGAAGGCUCUCACAAUUGUGCUCCAAUUGGAGGAAUGUGUACUAACACCGUUGGCAGUUUCACUUGUACAUGUAUCAAUUGCUAUGCGGGUGACGGCACGGCGUGCACUCUGGUUGAUUGUGGAGGUCUAGCAACGCCAUCAAACGGUGUUAAGAACAGCAUUCAGACAACCUGUGGUACAACUGUUGCAUUCAGUUGCAAAACUGGGUUUGAUUUGCGGGGGUCAAACUCUAGAACAUGUCAACAUAAUGGUCUCUGGAGUGGAACUCAACCAACCUGUCGAGAUAUCGACGAGUGCAGUAAUGGAUCACAUAGGUGUCAUACGAAUGCCAUUUGUACUAACACUAUUGGAAGCUAUUCAUGCUCAUGCCAUAAUUGCUACACGGGCAACGGAUUUUCUUGCAAUCUGAUUAACUGCGGUAGAUUGUCAGCACCGGCCGAAGGAAGUGUAUCCGGAUCACAGACAUCUUGUGGCAGCACGGUCACAUUCUCGUGUUCAAGCGGUUACACUCUUUCUGGUUCUACCAGCAGGACAUGUCAAACCAAUGGUGCUUGGAACGGUUCAACUGCAUUAUGCCACCGUCGACCGUGUAGUAUUCUAACAACUCCAGUUGACGGUUCGAAGAUUUUAAUAGAAAAGAGGUGCGGUGUUCUGGCGCCUCCACAGGAAGGAACAGUUUCCAGUAGGGACAAUCUCUGCGGGCAGAGUGUCACGUUUUCAUGCAACGUAGGAUAUCGCUUGUUGGGAUCGAACUCCCGAGUCUGUGGUGAAGACUCGCAGUGGUCUGCAACCCAACCGAUUUGCAAAGAUAUUGACGAGUGCGCCGAGCAGUCUCACAAUUGUGCUCAAGUCGGUGGAAAGUGUAGCAACACGGCCGGCAGUUUUACUUGUUCUUGUAUCGAUUGCUAUGCUGGUGAUGGCAGAACGUGCACUCUCAUCGAUUGCGGAGGUUUGGCAACGCCGUCUCAAGGAACUAAGAGCAGCAGUCAGACAACAUGCCGUACAACCGUUGCGUUCAGUUGCAACAGUGGAUUUCGUUCAAACGGAUCGAGUUCGAGAACAUGCCAAAAUAAUGGUAGAUGGAGUGGAAACUCCAGUAGUUGCAUAGGUCAGCUUUUUCUCUACGAUUUGAUUGGAACUGUAAACGCAGUUUUUUUCGUUGGUUUAUCUAGAUAUCAAUGA